AUGGAUCCACAGAGUAGUAAUGCUCGAAACAUAGAUGAUAUUGAAUUUGAAGAUGCUGAGGUCAAUGCCGGUCAUGAUGCUGCAGAGCAAUAUAAGAAUCCGACAUCAGACAACCACGUUCUAUUAGACGAUCAGACCAAUGAAAGAUUGUAUAUUCUGGAGGUAGCUUCAUCAUGUGUUCCUGUUAUCGGAAUGGAAUUCUCUUCCAUAGAGCAAGCAUAUGUUUUUUAUCAGACAUAUGCCAAGAAGGCAGGGUUCUCUGCUCGAAAAGGAGGUGAACAUCAUGUUGGUGGUAUUAUCAAGACUAAAUACUUUUUGUGUUCAAAGGAGGGGCAUAAACCACAGGAAUUUGAUGAUCCUUAUUCGAAGUUGUCUAAGCAAUAUAAACGUAGGAACAUACCGACUAUUCGAACCGGCUGUAAAGCUCAAAUUAAGCUUUGUUCGACGGAUGGGGUGUUGUAUAAGGUUGAUAAGUUUGUUCAGUCGCAUAAUCAUUCAUUCGUGUGCCCCAAAGAUAUGCAUUUAUUACCAGCUUAUAGACAUCUUUCCGAAACACAAGAAGAGAUGAUAUGGGAGCUUGGUUUUGAAAAUGUUGGCGCAACUAAAGACGAUUGCAAGAAUUUUAGAGCUGGGAUAUAUAGCUAUAUCGGAGAGUAUGAUGCAGAUAUGGUUAUCAAUAGGUUGACCGAUAAAAAACAGUUUAUGGUUGAUUAUUCAUUCGUUCAUUCAGUCGAUGAAAACAAACGAUUAACUGGUCUGUUCUGGGCCGAUGGUUUGUGCAAACGUGACUAUGCUGAGUUUGGAGAUGUCAUAUCAUUUGAUGCUACAUUUAAAACCAACAAGUAUAAAAUGGUUUUUGUACCUUUCACUGGUAUUGAUAACCACUAUCGGAAUGUGAAGCUUGGAGCCGGUUUGCUAGCAUCCGAAAGCAUUGAAUCAUACAAGUGGCUUUUACAAUCAUUUUUCGACUCAUUUGGUAAGCAGCCGAAGGUGGUCGUCACUGAUCAGGAUCCCGUGAUGAAACAAGCUAUCGAAGCAGUGUUCGAUAAGAGUAGGCACAGAUUAUGUAUGUGGCACAUAAUGAAGAAACUUGCUGAUAAGGUGGGACAUAAGUUGUGUAACAACGAAGAGAUCAAGAGACGUAUGUGUGACAUUGUAUGGACUGAUUCGAUUGCGCCAGAAACGUUUGAGAGAGAAUGGAAGCUGAUAAUGAUUGAAUUUGGUCUAACCGAGAAUAAAUGGAUUGAUGAUAUGUUUGGCAUGAGAUCUUCGUGGAUUCCAGCUUUCUAUCGUUAUGAGCCUAUGUCUGGGCUUAUGCGAACCCCCUCCAGAUCAGAGAGCGAAAACCAUUUUUUCUGUCAAGUGGCGAAUUCUCAACUUACCCUUGUUGAGUUCUUUAACCAUUUUGAUGGUGCAAUGGACGUGCAAAGAUUCAACCAUCGGAAGAAUGACCAUAUAUCUAGAAAUACAACCCCAGAUAACUUUUCUGAAUCUACUUUAGAGGAUGAUGCUAUGAAAAUUUACACCAGGUCAAUUUUUGCUGAUCAACAGUCAGAGUUACAAGGAACACUGUCCGAGUGCCUUCCUAUGGAGACUAAAAUUGAGGAACCAUUUUUGAAGAUAAGUAUGAAGGAUUGGAAAGCCCACGGCAACGGUUUACUAGAGGUUUGUUUCAAGAAGGGGGAGGAUGUAAUUGCAUCAUGCAGAUGUCGCAGGUUUGAACAAUAUGGAUUGUUGUGCAAACAUAUAUAUUUUGUGUUCAAGAUGUUCAAAGUGAAAGAAAUUCCCAACAAGUACAUUAUGAGAAGAUGGACCAAAGACGUGGUACCGAAUGAUCUAAAUAAUACAUUUGAUUUAAGUGUUGAUGAUAAUGAUGCACAUAAAAAGGCCAAAGAGGUUGCGUAUGAGAUUAUGCAGACCGGAGAGUAUCUUAUUGGUAACUUGAUGAAAGAUUUCGAUCAUCUACUUAUAGUCAGGGAUCGGAUGAGGGAGAUGAAAGAAAUGGUUGAUGAACUUCGCAUAACCAAGCCCAUCGACCCUAAGUUUGAUAGAUAUUCAAGGUUAAUCGGUUACGAGAAACCGAACACUGAUGCUCCUCCUACAGUCCGUGUGCCAAUCGGUAUUAGAAACAAAGGGCGCGGUUCACAUAAGCGGAUUAAAUCAAAAAAGGAGAAAAUUAUUAGUCUAAAAGGCAAGAGAAGUCGGACAUGCAGUGUUUGCAAUAUCAAAGGUCAUGAUAUUCGAACUUGCGAGGUUUUAAAGGGUAAAGCUAGUGCUGCCGAUAAGAAUGCCAAUAAGAAGGGGAGGAAAAGAAGAGCAAUUCAGUUAGAGAAUGAUUCUGGUUUACUUGACGAAGAGGACGAGGAGGUAGAAACUGGUGAGGAAGAGGAGGAGUAUGAGGAGGUUAACGAAGCAGAUGAUAGUGAUUCUGAAUGGGAAGACGAAUGCGUGAUUAAUCAUAACUAUACAGGACUAUCUGAAAUGGAGAUCUCAAAUGACCAUUAG